AUGAUAGGUUACUGGAUGGACGACAUCAAGGAACUGGAGGUUUUUAAAGAUCACGAGUGGUAUAAGACUGGUGACCUGGCUAUAAUGGACAACAAGGGUUACAUCAAAAUUAUUGGUCAUAUUAAUGACAUAAUAAUCAAAAGCGGAGUUCAGAUAUAUCCUCAAGAAGUGGAAGACGUGAUCGACAGUAAUCCCUAUGUAUUGAAGGCUUAUGUGUGUGGAGUGCCUGAUGACAGGUGUGGCCAAGAGGUCUGUGCGUGGAUUCAACUGAAAGACCCAAAUAAAAACCCCACCGAAGAUGAGAUGGCUAUGUGUAAAGUGCCCAGGUAUAUAUUGCUUGUGGAGGAGUUUCCCAUAACACGGACGGGUAUGAGUGUUAAUUGUGUUCCCCUCACACAACCACACAUAGAAAGUGAAUGGAUUGCGUUCAAGAAACAAUUCCGCGAUUCCAAUGAAUACUACGAGAGGUCGGCGGACGAGGAGGUAAAGCGUCGGCAGGUAUUUGAAGACAACUACAGGCGUAUUGUGAGACACAAUGAGGAGACAGACAAUGGUUUGCAUACAUAUAGACUGGGAGUCAACCAGUUCUCGGACUGGACAGACCGAGAGUACCAACAAUGGCUUAAUAGACCCAAACCUAAGGCUAACCAAACCUUAUACGUAAAUACUGAACACCACUUUAGCAAACCCCCGGUUCCCCUCCCUAAUAGUGUGGACUGGAGGGACAAACAUGUGGUCACACCUGUUAAGAACCAGGCUAAUUGUGGCGGCUGUUGGGUAUUCAGCACCGUGGCUAGUUUAGAAGGUCAAUUGGCGCUGAAAACGGGUAAACUAUUGUCACUAUCGGAGCAAAACAUACUGGACUGCGACUCGGAGUACGGGUGCGAAAGCGGGGGGUUUGUUGAGCACGCGUUUGACACCAUCGCCCGGGAGGGGGGUAUCGAGAGUGAGAGUCAGUACCCCUUCCGCAACGACGACGACAAGAGGUGUACAUUCAAAAAGUCCAAAAGUGUCGCCUCUAUCGGCAAAUACAGUACUAUAACCCCCGGCAGUGAGAGUAGUCUGGAGCACGCGGUGGCAACGGUGGGCCCCAUAGCUGUCUACAUAGACUCGGACGCCCCGGGGUUCAUGAGCUACAGUUCCGGUCUGUACUCGAGUGCUAAGUGUAAGACAGAUUACAACGAUUUGCUGCACUCGGUGGCGGUGGUGGGCUAUGGCACCGCCGGGGGGCACGACUAUUGGCUCAUUAAGAACUCGUGGGACACCACGUGGGGUGAGAGGGGGUACAUGAGGUUAGCCCGUAAUAAAGGUAAUAUGUGCGGUGUGGCCACGUUUGGCGCGUGGCCUACCGAGGUCAGUGCCACGUAA